ACCCAUUCGCAGUCGUUGGAGAGUCGUUCACCGAGUCGGUUGUUGAUUGUUCCGAAUCGUAGAACAACACGCGGAAUCAAAAUGCAAUUCAGAAGUGCUUUGCACAUCCUCCUCUUGAGCCUGGUGGCUCUUCAGCAACUGGACUUGGGUGCCGGCUCCCGCAUCCUGGCAGCCUUCUUUUUCCCCGGAAAAAGCCAUUUCAUGAUGACCAAUGCCAUCAUCAGGGAACUCGUAAAACAAGGCCAUGAAGUCACUUUCAUCACUCCGUUCUCCUUAGCCAAGGAAAAGCUUGGAGCGAACUACAAGGAAAUUGUGAUUCCGCAAUACGAUUUUUGGCCAGAAAUUAAGGAGAUGACCAAAAAAAACACCGUUUUGGAAAUGACUGAUUUGCCGAAUCACGUAUUCUUCAGGAUGGUUAAUGUGAUGGGAGUGCACAGCACAGACUUUGCCUUCGAGCAGCCGGAAAUUCAGGCAGUAAUCAAUGAAAAGAAUAAGGUCGGCAAGUACGAUCUUUUGCUGGCGGAGCAGUUCUUCAACGAGGGUGCCCUCAUCCUGGGACACCUCUAUCAGAUCCCCAUCAUAACGGUUUCGACCUUUGGCAAUGCCAACUACCUCAGCCAGUUGUUUGGAAUAGUGUCUCCUUGGUCGUAUGUCCCACAUGCCUAUAUGCCAUUCACAGAUCGCAUGUCAUUUUUGGAUCGAAUUUCAAAUGUUGCCAUCAAUGCCUUCGAGGAUCUCAGCAGGGAGUUCUCUUACUACCCCGGUCAGGAUGCCGUCUUAAGGAAACACUUCUCCAAACUGCUCGAUAGAGUUCCGACCAUAAAGGAACUAGAGCGAAACAUCUCUGCUAUCCUAUUGAACACCUACAUGCCACUGGCUUCGGCCAGACCCAUGGCUUAUAACAUGAUCCCUGUGGGUGGACUGCAUAUUCAGCCCCCGAAGGAAUUGCCGGAGGACCUUCAGAAGUUCCUGGAUGGAGCUACCCAUGGAGCUAUUUACUUCAGCUUGGGCUCCCAAGUACGCAGUGCCGAUCUCCCUUCCGAAAAGCUUAAGAUAUUCCUGGACGUCUUUGGCAGUCUGAAACAGCGUGUUCUUUGGAAGUUCGAGGAUGAAUCUCUGCCCAAUCUGCCGGCCAAUGUGAAGGUGCAGAGUUGGUUACCUCAGGCCGACAUUCUGGCGCAUCCCAAUGUGAAGGUGUUCAUCGCCCAUGGUGGACUCUUCGGAACUCAGGAAGCGGUAUACAAUGGAGUACCAAUUCUAGGAAUGCCUGUCUAUUGUGAUCAGCAUCAGAAUAUUAAUCAAGGAAAGAAUGCGGGAUAUGCUUUGGGCCUGGACUACCGGAGUGUUACGGAGGAAGAGUUGCGAGGACUGCUUCUUGAACUGAUUGAGAAUCCCAAGUACGCUAAUAACAUAAAGAAGGCUUCGAGGGUGUUCCGCGAUCGACCCCUUGGAGCUAUGGAUACGGCGAUGUACUGGAUCAACUAUGUGAUCGAGCACCGAGGAGCUCCUCAUCUGGUGGCAGCUGGCGUGGAACUGCCCUGGUACCAAUUCUACCUCCUGGACAUUGUGGGCCUGGCUCUGGCUAUCAUUCUCCUGCCAAUUGUGGCCCUGAUCCUCAUUUGCCGCAGCAAAUCCUCCAAAUCGAAGAACACUCCAAGUAAGAAGAAGGCCAAGAAGAAUUAGAACCAAAACUUGAGAUUUAUUUUUGUUAACAAAAGAGGAUACAUUUAUGUUAGGUAGUUUCUUGUAAUAAAUUUUGGAUAAUUUCGUAA